AUGGUUUUUAGAGAUAAACGUUGAACUUUGAACGGAAAAUUAUUUUUAAAGCUAAGCUUGUCGCAGUUUUAAGUCAAAACGGAGAUAAGAUUUCACAUAUAUACAAUAGCAGAGGAUUAGAACAAGGAAAAAAGUUCUUUCAGGUUGAACUGAAGUGAUUGAAAAAAAAAUUGAGAGUAAAACAGCCAUCAGCAACAGGUUGCCAGCACUCGCUUUAUCAGAGAAGUGCCAGGUACUGAUCGACCAUUUUGAAAAAGUUUGCUUGGCGCGUAAAUUUAGGAGAUCAGAUUCAAAAUUCACGUCAAUGCGCACUGGCUUGCGCAACUGCAGACAGCUGCCCACGACUGGCACGAAAGCUGGGCAAAUUUUUCAAUAUUUUAUUCAUCCGUUUUUUUCUGAACUUUCAUUUUUUUCCGCUUUCAAGCUCUCAAGUUUAUAAUAUGAACUCUUUUUGCUUUCAUUUUUCAAAAUCAUGAUUAAUUGAAGGUUCGGCUUCGUAACUUCGAAUUCCCACUAUCCUUUCAAAGAAGCGACAUGUCUCGAUCAAUUUUUCUUCUCAGUUUGUUUUUCCAGAUUCUUUUUGCUUACUUGCUCAUGAUUGCGGGUGGUACGAAAUGCUCUCAGGCUGGUAGAUUCUUAUUCUCUUCUCAAAGCGUUGCGAAAAAAAUCAAAAAAAGGUUUGAAAAUUUUUAUUUAAAUUAAUUUGAUAGAAUUUACAAAGCUCCGUCUUUAUUUCUAACAAAAACGCUCUAGAUUUAAUAAUAUCGUUGAAAAGCUUCAAUUCAGGUCAACUGCGCUGUAUACGGCUGCGGAUUAUCUGCUUCGGGAGCUUUAGCUAUUCCCCAGCUCAUCACUCCUAAUAACUCUUGUGAGCAGUUCAACUUUGUUAUCAAUCAAAACCUUCAAAUGUUCUCUUUCAGCAAAUGGAAAAUUGGUUUUACUAAAAACGAAAAAGACGUUUCUAAGUUUGCUUUAAUUUUUUCGAAGUCUAUUUUAUUAAUUAAUUUUUUUUAUCUUGCAGCUGAGAAGCCAGUUGUUACUUCGAAAGAAGCUAAAAAACCGAAAAGAAUUUCUUCUUUGAGUCCCCAUGAAAUACGCUUCGUGUCGAGUGGUUUGGAUUCUCCUUAUUUGCUUCAAACAACAAAGUUUUUGGUUCAGGACUUAACAACAGGUGAGUAAAAACUUUUUUUGGAAUUUAUUUUCUACUUUUGUACCGCUGAAGCCCAAUUUUUAUGAAGCUUCUUGAAACCUAAACUUCGAAGUUUAGGUUUCAAGUUGGAGGACAUGUGAGGAACUCGGAAACAGAUAAAGGUCAAGAUUACUACAUCAGUGCGAAAAGGGUUGCUUUACCUGUAGGUUAGUUUUUCGAAAAAUGAAUCGAAAUAGAUGAAAUUGUAGAAAACGAAAAGAUAAUCGGAGUCUCGAGUGGUCGAGCUCAUUCUCUUAUUGCAAGCAAAACAAAAGUCUUUGCGAUUGGUGAGAACAUUUUCGGUCAGUGCGGUAUAGAUCCUGAAACGUCUACUCAUUCAGCUGGAGUAAACUUCUAGACUUAUAAAGAAGCUUAUUUUCGUAUCAGUCAGGUGAACACCGGUUGACGCCAGUGAACAAUUGAGAGCGAUCAGGAAAUCAUUGCAGUACAUUGUUCUUUGGAUACAUCGUUUGUACUAACAAAAGCCGGAGAGGUAGAUUUUUCUCUCUUGUUUCAUUUACAGUAAGUCAAUUGACAAUCGCAGAUUUUUGCCUUUGGUUUGAACGAAGACGGUCAGUGUGGUAACGGCAAGUACGGGAUUCAGUGGCAACCUCGAAAAGUUUUAGGUUUCUUUCUAUAGGUUUAUCAUUCUCAAUCGAAAAAUUCACAGGUGACGUCAAUGGGGAGAAAAUUAUCGCCAUUACUGGUAGUACAGACACGCUUCUAGCUUUGACCGCGUCAGGCGACGUGAUUCUCUGGGGCCAAAAUGAGUUCUCCCAAGCAGGGGAGGCUUUUUCAGACAUCCAGGUAUCGAGUUUCUUAAUAAUAAAUAAAAAAUUUUUUUAACAGUUGAAUGUGUCUCGCAAAAAUCCCGAUAGCAGGAGUCAGAAAUAUCACGUCGGUUGGCGCAACAUCGACGUCUUGCGUCGUUUCAAAUGACGAUGGAGAGGUUUUUAAAACAAAUUCAUUUUUUGCUAAUUUUUUUGACUUUUUAUUUGUUAUUUUUCUUAACUUUUUUAACUUGGUUUUUUUCCAGGUUUACACUUGGGGCGUCGGCGUUUUGGGUUUAGGUCCCAAUACUCAACGGAUAAACCGACCAACCAAACUCGAUCAACCGCUUUUCGAUAGUUCUAAGGUAGUUUUUCCUAGAGCUUUUUUUUGACAUGUCACCCGACCGCGAAACGACUUGCGCCCUCUACAAUCUUAAUAAUUAUUGUCGAAAAAUCUUCAAGAGCAAAAUUUUGAAUUUCAACUUAGACUUCUAAAUGUAGGCAGAAGUAUAAGAUUCACAGAGAAUAAAAAACUAGGACUUUAAAAGUUCCAUUUUCAGGUAGUUAAAGUUUUUGCGGGAAACACAGCGAUGGCAGCAUUGAACGAGAAAGGAAGAUGUUUCGUUUGGGGCGAAAAUAGGUGUGUUUUAUGGAAUUUUUGAUGAAGCCGUUGUUUUCGGCUCGAAUAACGUUAUUAAGGUUUGCAUCUCUCGGUUUGGGACAUUCUAAAAGUCAGCUCUUUCCUUUGCACCUUUCUCUACCUGGUGACGUCAAAGACCUGUCAUUGGGACCAGAUCACACGAUUAUUUUAACAAAAUGAUUCGAAUUAUAAAUAAAUUAUCUUCAAAGUAAAUGUUAACUUAAUGAGUGAAAAAUAAGCGUUUUCGCUGAAUGUUUCAGUUUUCGAGAUUUUCUAUGACAGGACCUUGUCAGAUAAUUAUGUCUGGUGUUGUGCGCGCUGCUGGUCUAGUCGUCUACAGGAAGCUAGGCGAGAAGACUGAAUUUCUUCUACUUCAGGCCAGCUAUCCACCGCAUCAUUGGACGCCACCGAAAGGUGUUUUUUCCAAAUUUUCUUUCAAAACUUGAAUGAUUUAAGGUCAUGUUGACCCUGGCGAGGACGAAUGGACGGCGGCUCUGAGAGAAGUUAACGAGGAGGCCGGCCUCACAAAGCAGCAGUUGACUAUCCACGAGGACUGUCACGAAACUUUACACUACGAGGUUGGAAUCACUACAUUUUUCUUCCAGAUUGACUUUCUCUUCAGCCUCUUAAAUUUCUUAGAUGCAUGAAAGUUUAAAUUAAAAACUGCAUUUUCUGUUCUCAAAUUUGUCGAAUUCGGUUGAAAAUUAAAAAUGUUUCAAUUAAAAGAAAAGAAAUACGAAUUUUUUUUUUCUAAUCAGCCUUUCAGAAGCCAUUUUACUCAAAAAUAACCUAAAGGCUUUUCGGCAGUCACUAUGGUUCAUCAAAGAAGUUUUUGCUGAAAAUCCUCAAAAAUUAGGAAUAGAAUAGAUGCGAACUUGAUCCACCCAGUAGCGAUUCUUUGUAAUUUUCUCAUUUCAUUUUUUUUCUUGAGGUAGGAUCUUCAGUCUGUUUGGUUUUUGCUAGGGAGGUCAUUUUACUCUACGGUUUGGAUUUCCCUGAAAAUUGGUCAGAACGCUCCUAGGUGUACCAGUAGAAGAUUCUGGAAGUUUCAACCUGCAUAGCUUCCUCUUUUUUUUGAAAAAAGAAGGCUCAAAGUCAAAGAAAACCCUCAAAAUCCACUAAAAUAGGCUAUUUUGAGCUUUAGGGUCUUAUUUCUCGAAAACUAGGAAUUUUUGCUUCCAGGAUCUUUAUGUGGUAUAACAAGGAAUAUUUUGGCCGAUUUUCAGAAAAUUCUCAGCCACAAAGUAAAAUGACCUCUAAAAAAAAAAAUAAAUCAGAAAGUGUGAUUUAUUUCUCGUUUAAUGAACGCAAAAAAGGUUCUAUCUCUCCUCUCAACUUUCUAUUCAACGGAUGUCUUUUCUUAAGGUGAAAGGAAAACCGAAAUCGGUAAAGUAUUGGUUGGCACUGCUGAAAAAUCCAUUUGACGUGAAACUUUCUCACGAGCACCAAAAUUGGAAAUGGGCCGAGCUAGCAGAAGCCGUCAAAAUCGCCGACUACGCUGAGAUGGGAGCCCUCCUUCGAAAGUUCGCCGAGUACAUCCAGAGCAAAGCUUGA